GCUGUGUGAGGCCGACACAGCAGCCAGGGCUUAUUUUAGUUUUGAUUUGACAGCCAACUGCGUUCCUGUGUUCAUGGCCGGCUCUUGUUUCCAGUCGGACACUUGCAGGGAAGCACAGUUGGGCUGACAUGUGGAUCGGCUGUCUGCGGCUCUGAGGUCAGAUCAUCAGAUCAGGAACCCCCGCAGGACCCGCACAUCUGAGCGCUGAGCUCCCAGGAAGCUGUGCGGUGGCUGAGCUGCUUCAAGGUUUUUUUUCCCAUGCGGCUGAGAUUUGGGCUUCACACACAGACAUCAGGUCAAAAUGCCCAAAAAAGUGAAGGCAGCAGCUGCCAAAAGACGGAGUUCUGGCGAUCAGGAAAUCCCAUCUAAGCAGAGGAAGGCCGGCCCCGCCGACGCCCCGUCCCCGCUGUGCUUCAGCAGCCCCGCCGGCCUGUUCGAGAGCCUCAUCCACCCCCUGGGGACGGACGAGUUCUUCAGGGAUUACUGGGAGAAGAAGCCGCUCCACCUGCAGAGGUCCGAUCCCGGCAUGGCCGCCUACUACCAGUCUCUGUUCCAGCUGUCUGACCUGAAGAGCCUCUGCUCCCGGGGCCUGGAGUACGCCCGGGACCUGAACGUGUGCCGCUGCGUGGGCGGCAGGAAGAAGGUGCUGAACAAGGCGGGCCGUGUGAGCCACAGCGUCCUCAGCAGGGACUUUGUCCAGAACAAGGCCACCAUCCAGUUCCACCAGCCCCAGCGCUUCAAGGACGAGCUGUGGAGGAUCCAGGAGAAGCUGGAGAGUUUCUUCGGAGCUUUGGUGGGCUCAAACGUCUACAUGACCCCGCAGGCGUCCCAGGGCCUCCCUCCUCACUACGACGACGUCGAGGUGUUCAUCCUGCAGCUGGAAGGCCAGAAGCACUGGCGUCUCUACAGCCCCACCGUCCCUCUGGCCAGAGAGUACAGCCUGGAGCCCGAGGAGAGGAUCGGCAGCCCCACCCACGACAUCCUGCUCAAGGCCGGUGACCUGCUGUACUUCCCCAGAGGAACCAUCCAUCAGGCCGACACGCCGGUGGGGGUGGACCACUCCACCCACCUCACCCUCAGCACCUACCAGAACAUGUCGUGGGGAGACUGGCUGCUGGACGUGUUUCCCAGCAUGCUGUUCGACACCAUGAGCACCAGCAGAGGCCUCAGGGAGGGCGUGCCCAGGCGGCUGCUGCUGGGCAGCGGCGAGGCCCGGGACGUGAGCGGGCGUCUGGCCGGCUCCCUCAGAGCUCUGGCCGAUCAGCUGGAAACCGGAAAACAGGAACUUCGCUCUGCUCACAUGUCGAGAGACUUCAUCAGCAACAGACUGCCGCCCUACACCGACUCCCAGCAAGACUUCACACCAUCCGGGAAAAUUCCUGCGCUGGAGGACUCAGUACGCAUGAGGUUUAAAGACCACACGCUCAUUACCAUCGAGCCCAGCCAGGACAGAACGGACGAAGCCACACAGUUGGAGGUGUUUGUGUUACACUCUUUGAAGAACCAAAGGGAGAACCACAUGAUGGGAGAAGGUGGAGAUGAUGAUGAUGAUGAAGAAGAGGAGGAGGAGGAGCCUGACGUCUCUCGGGGCCUGCGCUUCCCGCUGUCCCACCUGCAGGCCGUCCGGCAGCUGCUGCUGGCCGAGCGGCUGGCCGUCGCCGAGCUGCUGCUGCCCUCAGCAUCCGACCGCCUCGGCCUGGUCCUGGCCCUGUGGACCGAGGGCCUGCUGGAGGUCUGCUAGCAGCCACACAGUCAUAAAGGGAUAGUUCACCCAUUUUGAAAAAAGAAAAUAUUAUGUCACCGCCCCCAGCUGUUCUGUAGGACAGUAGUGGUGCUGUCUUCCUCUCAUUGUUACUGAGCGCUGGAUACUGGCUGGAUGCUCCAAAUGCUAACUGUUAGCCUCCUGCCAUUGAAGUGGACUUCCCCCCGGCUAACAGUGUGAAAUAUAACUGCCUUAAUGCACUCAAAGUGUUAAAUAAGCAGAGUUGGAGUUUGAUAUAGUAGAGUAGAAUUUUUACAGCCUGAAACGGUGUAAAAAAAAAAAAAAAAAAAAAAAAAAAGUUGACCAUUUA